GCCAGAGAAGGGGGAGGGUCCUUGGGCUUGGCCGGGGCUGCGACUGCUGACCGAGGCGUCUCCCUAUUAGGCCUGAGCCUCCGAGGACCCCCGCCCGCAGCCUCCGCGCCUCGGUGUGGCUCGCCCGGAGCAUGCUGCCUGCAGCUAUGAGGGGCCUCGGCCUGGCGCUGCUGGCCGUGCUGCUGUGCUCGGCGCCUGCUCAGGGCCUGUGGUGCCAGGACUGCACCCUGACCACCAACUCCAGCCAUUGCACCCCGAAGCAGUGCCAGCCGUCUGACACGGUGUGUGCCAGCGUCCGCAUCACUGACCCCAGCAGCAGCAGGAAGGACCAGUCAGUGAACAAGAUGUGCGCCUCUUCAUGCAGCUUCGUGAAGCGGCACUUCUUCUCGGACUACCUGAUGGGGUUCAUCAACUCGGGCGUCCUAAAAGUCGACGUGGACUGCUGCGACAAGGACCUGUGCAACUCGGCCGUGGCCGGGCCGCGGUGCAGCCCCUGGGCCCUUUCAGGGGGGCUGUUGUUCAGCCUGGGGCCUGUCCUCCUCUGGGCGCCCGCCCUCCCACGGGGCGGCUGACCCAGCAAUCCUGCCCAACUGGGCUGGCUCUGUGCUCUGGGUGGAGGGGCUGCCCACCCCCCCAGAGGUGAGGCUUCCCUGCCUGUCCACCAGCUCUGCGUCCAGGACACUGUGCAGCCUGGGGGGCGGGCCUGAGGAGACCGGGACUCCCGGGUUACUGGGGGCAGCCAGGCCAGGCCAGGCCAGAUCCGUCCCAGAGGGCAUCUGCCAUGGAGAAAUAAAGUCACUUCUGA